ACUGCAAUCGCAGCGCGUUCGCCGCGCCCGUCACCAUCGCCGCAAUCAGUCCGCAGAGCCGUGCGAGUGCCUUCGUCCUGUGAUAAGGGUUUUUGGUCUGCUGACUUCAUUCGGUAAGCUCAAGUGCGCGGAAAUCCGAGCCAGUGGAAUAAGACUUGUCGUUGCCGGUGCCCAGGUGACCCCCGUUUCGAGAUAAUGCCAAUCUCGAUACGGGGCUAUGAUGCAUGUGCAUGUGCAUGCAUUUAUGUAUGAAUGUGCAAUGCAAUGCUUUUCUGGCCCUUGUUUGGAAUGUUUACCCUUGACAAAUCGUAGGAAAUAGUUGUGCAUGGUAACCAUUGCCUCGGGAUAUGUUGAGUGCUGUGGCUUAUUAUAUUUCUUGGCACUGAAUGGGAAUCGCAAGACGAAGAUGCUGAAUGGGGACAUGCUCUUAUUGGCUGCUUUUAUUGUUCCUUUCAAUUCAUAUAAUAUUACUCUUUGAGCAAUAUUUUCAUUGUACACAAAGGUUCUGCAUUUGUUCGAGUAGACGGGCAAAAUAAAUGUGCAUAAAAGGAAAUGGUUUUCCAUAUUCGCAGAGCACAGAAAUGUGCUUUAACGAACAGGAUAUUUGAUCUAAUGUAAUUUUGAAAAAUAAAUAAAUUCCAUCCAAUACAACUGAAAUUCAAGUUUAGCUUAACAAUUAAACAGAACACAGAGAGUAAAUUGGUAGAAGAUUAAUUUACCUUUUUUUCCGUCAUUUAAUUACAAUUCAAUUAUGCUUUUUUUGUACUACCCAGCUUUGUGUUACAUUUUUUCCGCUUAAAUUGAGGCAAUAAUUUUAGAUUGACAGCCUGAAAUUUAAUGGCAUUUCGUUUGUCAAUUUACGAAGUCAAAUUUAAUUUAUUAAGCAGGCAAGGUAAAGCGAAAGCAAAAACUUAAUAAAUAAGGUUGCAUUUUUUCAUCCUCUAUCUGCAUUCUAAUCUGCGAAAAUGCAAUCACAUUUUUUCAUCCCAAUUUUUCGGCCAUCUGGCGGAGUUAUCAAAGUUGGCUUAAACGCUUAUCGUGGCCAAUCAUAACGAUUUUCCGCCACCAUCUGACAUUUUCCUAAUGCGCUUAAGAUAGUGCACCGCCGUUCUUUUUUUUUACAGAAUUUGAUAAAUCGCCCAGCUGCAGGCCAACAAAAACUUCGGGUCAAGUUCAAACUAAUUUCUUUGCAAAUUGUUUUGGGGUCCAUCAUGGGUGCAGUGGCACGCAGGAAAACAAAGUAUAAAAUCUGCGUAGUUCAUAAGCUCCGCAUUAUGGGGUUCCUGGUAAGGGGGUAAGGGGGGUUGGGGUUUUCCAAGGAAACUCUCUGGCAGAGCCAUUAACAAGGCAUUGGCCUCUAUGCAGCUUGCAGCUCACGACUGGCAUCCUGUGCCAAGAGCACAGAGUUUUCCCAGCCCGAUUUUCCCCUUAUCAGCAACUUUUCCAUACGGUCGACAAUGAGCUGUGUUGUUAGCCUCUUGGCGCCAGCCAUUCGCCAAGUUUUCCCCUUGCCCGGCAUCUAUUUUCCCCCCGCCGCUUUCAAUUAUCCUGAUAAUUUUUGCAUGUUUUUUCGAUUUCCGCUUUUUCAAUUUUUAUCUCCGUUGACAGCAUUUAAUGUAAUUGGUUUGGUUUCGGCUCUGCAGUUGUGCUUAAAUAUGGGGCAUAUAUAUAUCUAACUGGCAAAUCUGAUUGGUUUUUCGCGACUCGGCAUAAUAAAAACAACUUAAUUAGAUUAUAUUUUUAUGGACCACUGGGCGUGGUGGCUCCAUAGCCACGGCUUACCAUAUCUUAUACAUUCAAAGUGGAUUUGGCUAAGACAAAAUGUGAAGUGGAACCAUAAUGUGGUUAGAAUAUGAAUGCUGCGGAGGGCUGUUCGAUAAAAAUAUAGAAAAUAAAGAGAAGUGGUUAAGAAACCUUUUACGUUAUAGAAUUUAAAUUAAUUUAAUUUUAUUUCAAGUUCAUAUUACAAACCUAAAUAUUAAUUAUUAUCAUUUUUAUUUUGAAAUUUGUUGGGCUUACUUAAAAUGCUUUCUUUCAAAUGAUGUAAGCUUCAGCAAAAUUGCCAUAAACUUCUUGAGCUCACCUCGUUUCCAUUCAUUGGUUUUGUAUUACAUUUUAUGGCCAAAGCGUGGUAAACAAAAAAGCCCCAGCUCAAUAAAUAUGCUUAUAAAUAUAUUUGCCUAGACAAACUCACAAUAUUUUGUAGGCUCGUUCAAGGAUAACACUCCUCGUUUCAACCCGCCAAAAAGGACCCCCCGCACCGAACCUUUCUUAAGCCAUUUUUCAUUUCAGUUAUCUGCGGCGUUGGCGUUGAUGUCUACAUGCAUGGCUAUCAGGCCGGUCUUUAUAUAGUCCGUGCUGGUAAUGUUCAUUGAGAUCAAGUGGCUUGUGACUAUCUUCCUGCAGCUUCAGUGCGCAGAGGAUAAUUACCAGUGGAGGUCCUGCAGCUGCUUGGCCUGCUGGCGACUUUCAGCGAUUUGUGGCGGUUGGCGACCCACUCCUGUUUAUGCGGUCAUCGGCAUCUGCCUGAUCCUGUAUCCCCACAAUCUGUGGCUGAGUUAUGUGGCCGGAAUGUUUCUGAUACUCCUCGGACUCCUCAGACUGUGCACGCUGCUCCGGUUCAGCGCCUCGAAGGAGGAGGGCCUCCUGCCGCAGUGUGACUUUGAAAAGGUCUCGAGCUUUGUGGAUACCAUGGAGGAUGAUUUCGCGGAGAUUGGUGCCUCGCAUGCGGGAUUGGAUGAGGAAGCGGAGGAGGAGGGUGACGACCACACCGCCAUAGACGAUGAUGUUUGCUAAUAGUUUAAGCCAGCUUUUCUGCCUAAUGUAAUGUGAGAUUUUAAACGACUUAACAGAUGUCUAAUAAUAUACAGUUUUUAAAGAGGUUUCGAUUUAAA